AAUAAAAAACUCAAAACGCUCACAGCACUCUCUCUUUCGCUUCCACAAACGCAAACACUCCAAAGAAACUUUUCAAAGCUCACAACUUUAUUGGUGUUUUUUUUCUCAUUUUUUUUAAAAAAUAAUUCUGUGAGUUUCGGAGAGGAGAUUUGCUCGGAAUGAAUGGGAAUGGCGAGGGGAGUGGCGGAGAAGGUAAGAUGGAGAGAGUAGUGUAUAUGUGGGGGUAUUUGCCGGGGGCUUUACAGAAACGGUCGCCGUUACUCUCGCCGGUGGUGGUGAAACUGCCGCCGUCUGUUGCCGCCGGCACUUCAUGGAAGGACGUUUCCGGCGGGGGUUGUGGCUUUGCCAUGGCCAUUUCAGACUCUGGAAAGCUUAUUACCUGGGGUUCAGCAGAUGAUUUGGGUCAAAGCUAUGUAACGUCAGGGAAGCAUGGGGAAACGCCAGAGCCCUUUCCCCUUCCUGAUGGAGUUUCAGUAGCAAAAGCUUCUGCAGGUUGGGCUCAUUGUGUUGUUGUUACAGAGAAUGGAGAGGUUUUCACGUGGGGAUGGAAAGAGUGCAUCCCUUCUGGAAAGGUUAUUGGGGAUCCAUCUGUAGGAUUAAACAUUGAGAACAGUGAAACUGAAAAACAGACUAUGCUCUUUACAGAACAAGUAAGCCCUCGCUUCCAGGGGUCAGGAUCAACUGCUGGUGCUGUGUCUGUUAGCAGAGGUGUAGAGGAUGGUGCAAAAAGAAGACGCGUAUCAUCAUCUAGACAAGCGGCAGAGAGCUCUUCGUCAAACGAUGAAAGUCUUUCUGCACUUCCAUGUUUGGUCACAUUGAACCCAGGAGUAAGAGUUGUUAGUGUUGCAGCUGGUGGCAGGCACACACUUGCCCUGUCAGUUCCAGAUAUAGGACAAGUCUGGGGUUGGGGGUAUGGAGGUGAAGGGCAGCUUGGCUUAGGGUCACGGAUUCGCAUGGUAUCUUCUCCGCACCCCAUUCCUUGCAUCAGCUCCUCUCCCAUGGCAAAGGAUAGAGCUGUGGGUGUUUCUCAUGGAAGCAUGGGUUCAGAGGGACUAGGACAUAUAGCUCCGGGGAGUUAUGUGAAAGGAAUUGCCUGUGGUGGUCGCCAUAGUGCCGUUGUAACAGAUGCUGGAGCACUACUUACUUUUGGUUGGGGACUCUACGGGCAGUGUGGCCAAGGAAGUACUGAUGAUGAGCUAAGUCCUGCGUGUGUAUCUUCGUUACUUGGAAUCAGGAUUGAAGGUGUUGCAGCUGGACUAUGGCACACACUAUGCAUUUCUGCUGACGGUGAUGUAUAUGCAUUUGGUGGCAACCAAUUUGGACAGUUGGGAACGGGAGGGGAUCAAGCAGAGACUCUUCCCCGGCUUCUUGAUGCUCCUAGUUUGGAAAAUGUGAAUGCGAAAGUUGUAUCGUGUGGAGCACGCCAUAGCGCUAUAGUUACAGAGGACAGCAAAGUGUUCUGCUGGGGCUGGAACAAAUAUGGCCAGCUUGGUUUGGGCGAUGUAAUAGAUCGCAACAUUCCCACGCAAAUGUCAAUCGAUGGAUGUGUCCCGAAAAAGGUGUCAUGUGGAUGGUGGCACACCCUUCUACUAGCAGAAUCACCCACAUGAAUGCCCUUCAAUCUCCUGUAUGCUCCAGGCACAGUUUUGCUAGGUUAGCAGUUAAGUCACAUAUAUAUGUAUGUUCAUGUACAUAAAAUAUAUAGCUUGUAUACAUUAUGGCACAAAUAUAAGCUUGCAUUAGUGAUGUCAAAAUCCAAUGACUCCAACCACAGCAUCAAGAAAUGACAUGUUCCUAUUGUUGUGUGGAAGAUUAGAAGGUAUAUGAUUGUAGCCUACAGUGUACUAGCCUUGUCGAUGCUUCGAGUUUAUAGUGUGAUACGAUCUCACAUCGACUCCUUUAGGAAUGGAGAAGUGUUACUUAAAGUUAAGGUUUCGGAUUAAGUGUCUAUAAUAGUGUAUGAAUAUGUUACUGCAAAUCUGGUAUAAUGCAGCUAUUAUCAGUUUAUAGUAUUUAGGUUUGAACUCAA